UUUAGUGGCGGCUUCAAUUACAAACUUUAUUCCACGUGUGCUUCAAAGUAAAGUGCACCUGGGGGCUAACGACAUCGCUAAAUUGACCACUUUUAACGCAGACAGUUUGCUAAAUAAGUUCCCAUUAUGCUCAAUAUGACCUGGAUUGCUGAACAUGUUAAGACAUCGAAUUCGGCAUGAGCCAUCCCUCAUCUGGCAGAGUGUUAUCAGACAAACAAAAUGUCUGUGAAUGUUUUCAAAAAGCAGUUAAAAACAACAGGUAAAAAAUGUACCACAGACAACAUGUCUACCUCAAACUGCUCAUGUUCAAAUCAUUACAAUGGGACAGAUGGGCAGCACAGCCUCAGGCACAGGAGGAAAAGACUGAAAACACGCAAACAGAGGACUGAGGCGAGAGGUGAGGAAAGAGUGCCAAAGAGCAAAUCACUUCACCAUCACCACCACCGUCAACAAAGCAGUAAAGACAAAUCAAAAACAUGUUUCCAUUACAGUUGCCACAGUAGUUCACGUUGUCUACCAAUGAAAGAUGCGCAGUUUGCAAAGAAAUUUCCUGCUGUCCAGGAGCCCAGCGUCAUCACAGACAGCCGCCUAAUUGGGCACCAUGGCCUGUUCAACCAUGAAGUGAAAUCUAUUGAUAUUGAACGCUUGCUAAGCCAACAGAGGAAGCUGGAAAAACCUGGGAAAACACGGGAAAAGAACAUGACUGCCUCUCAUCCUCCUCCAACAUCUUACCUUCCUUCUCCUGGCUCCAGUAGUGAUAUGGUGGUUGCUGAUACCAGUGAGAGUACACUACCUGAGAAGCAAGAUGAUCUAGUUACCAAGACCCCUGAGGUUUGCCCAGGGAAAGCAGAGGCAACAUUUCAGUCUAAUUGUCAGGGAUCAGACAUCACACCUGGACAGAGACCACAACACCAACUUGAUCUAACAUCUGAAAGUGAUUAUGACACCUUAUCAACUACAAAUGCCGCCUCUGGUAUACUGGCAAACAAAGGCAAGAAAGCCAUGACUGAAAAUCACACACAGUCAGAACUGACUCCCUGUGUUAGCACAAAAGAUGUGAGGCAACGGAACAAGGUCAAGGCCCUGUUAAAUUCCCAUAAUCUGGAACCCACCCUGAAGAACCAACAGCCUCCUCACCUCCAAAUGCAGAUUUGUGGUCCAAGUCCAAACCCACUUUUGCUCUCCAGCUCACCCAUAGUGACAACCAGUGACAGCUUCAACACCGUACACCAGGAGGGCGAUGGUCUGGAUUGCAUAUCUAUCUCUGUCAGUGCUGUGGCGGAGCGUUUGUGUCUUUGUCUAGAGUCACCACUUCAGAGAAAAAGAAACUUGGCUGCAGAAAGCAGGGAGGUGUUGUUGCAGGCCCUGCGGGAGAGGCAUGGGCCACUGCUUGAAGAAAAUCUCCUCAAAGUCCAGCAACACAUCCGUUUUGGUACUAGCCCAACAAGAGCAGUCCAAGAUCAGGAGAAAGGAUUAUCCACGAUGGAUACAGAUGGGUUGUGGCCAACAGAUGCUUUCAGUGCAGAGUUUCAAGCUGGCAAUACAGAUCAGUCAUAUUUUGCGACCCAGAAAACAGCACCUUUGAAAAGGAGGAGGAAACAACGACAUUGCAACUGGAUGUCUCCAUCAAAACCACACCAAAGACUAUACCAGACUGCAGAAUGGAUGUCAAGCCCCAGUCUGGAGAAGGUUGGUGAUCAUUUGGAAGAAAUGCUCAGACCGGAUUCCCCCUCUCAAUUCCACAUGGACUUUCAGCCCUCUGGGACUUCAACACCUGAUCAGUUGUUUCCUUCAUGUCCGGCUCCACAUGGGAGAGUUCAAGCCUCACCACCUCAGCAUUGGGAUGAUAGGUUCAAUUUGGUAACAAGGAGAGAGUCAGCUAGGUUGGAUUAUUUUGAAAGCAGCUUUUUGAGCCAGACCAUGACAAAAAGGAACGCUGGGCCUCGAUACAGUGAGAGUGCCUACCGACCUCUCCCUCAUUACCCAGCAUGGCUGCCAGAUGGACGUCAAUCAGAGCCAAGGCGUUUCCCCCCGGAUCAAGAUGCAUUUGAUGAAACUAACAGGCUUUCUUUUGGUCCUUCUUCCUCUGCUCAAGUUCAUGAUCCUCAGGACAGCAGCCGGCUUUACCUUCUCAACUAUUUCAGUUGCCCUUCAUCCAGGCCAUCCCUCAAAUCCCACCAUACUGACAUGAUGCAGUACCCCCCAUCUCACAUGCUCGAAAGUGGCCCUUCAUCAACCCUUCCUUCCUUUCCUAGCCCUGAGCACUGGUCCUUCCCUCCUAUGAGACUUUACUAAUAUAUGAUGAGACUUUGUGUUGAGACAUGUCUGUGCAUAAUUUGCUUGUGCAAUCCUAUGUUAAAGUCAAUAAUCCUAUGUUAGAAUAAAUAAUCGCAUGUCAUACAA